UUUCAUUCAUUAGGUCAACAAUCAACAUACAUAUACUGAUAUAGGCCUAUCUAGGUUAGGCUAGGCAGUUUUAGUUAACAAUACUUCUUGAAUUCCAGGCAAUUGAUUAUAUCAAUUUCUCUCAUACUCUAAUUGGAUAUUGAUCCAAAAUGGCAGCUGUUGCAGAGCCUCUAACCUUACAACAAGAUGUGAAAAGAGCUGUGGAGCUACUUGAAAAGCUGCAAAAGACUGGGGAGAUUCCAACUGCUAAACUUGCGGCGUUGCAGCGAGUGCUGCAAAGCGACUUCCUUACUGCCGUAAGAGAGGUGUACGAGCAUGUGUAUGAGACUGUCGACAUCUCAGGGUCUCCAGAAAUACGUGCUUCAGCAACAGCAAAGGCUACGGUGGCUGCAUUUGCGGCGAGCGAAGGCCACGCUCACCCCCGGGUCGUGGAGCUCCCUAAGACCGAUGAAGGGCUUGGCUUCAACGUGAUGGGGGGGCGGGAGCAGAACUCCCCCAUCUACAUCUCCCGCAUCAUCCCGGGCGGCGUCGCUGACCGACACGGCGGCCUCAAGCGAGGCGACCAGCUGCUCUCUGUCAACGGGGUCAGCGUUGAAGGGGAGAACCACGAGCGGGCAGUGGAGCUGCUGAAGGCGGCGAUCGGGUCCGUGAAGCUCGUGGUGCGCUACACGCCGCGCGUCCUCGAAGAGAUGGAGAUGCGCUUUGAUAAGCAGCGGACAAACCGCCAGCAGCACGCGCAGUAGGCGCUGCCUGAGAAGACACAUCCGUGGCUUCCUAGCAAUGAGUCGCAACGGAAGGACGUUGCUUCUACGAGCGUCGUGUGUUUAGUUCUUUGACGGUUUUUCCAAAAGCCACUUAGAAGAAACUUCUGAGGCAUUUACAUUUGUUAGUCAUUUGAUGUUUUAUCUUAGGAAUAAAUCAAUUAUCUUAUAAUUGAUAGCUAAUUUAUUCAGAAAUAAAUUAAUAGUUGUAUAAUUGAUUUCUAAUUUAUUUGCAUGUUGAACUGAUUUCAUGUGAAUUUCUAAUGAUUGUAAUGGUUGUGACUGUGGCAGCUCAGAUAAAAAUGAAGCUAAAUGUAUUAGAAUAUUUCCUAAUCACAAAUAUAUAGUGUCAAAUUCAACCCUUACUCAGACGUUAAAUCUGUUGUUCUUCUAGUCACGUAUAGUGUUGUACUAAUAGCUUGCUCCACCUUUCCCAGAAUUUAUUCUGUCAUGUGUUCUUCUAAUUUAGAUUUGUAUUAAGUGCAAGUCUGCAUUAUCUGUAUGGAGUGGACGUUCUUGCAGAUCUAAUCGUUGUCUCGCGUCUUAGUCGUCACUGACCGGCAUCAUAAACAUUUGUUUAUUGUCUGGACAUCCCACUCACAUGGUUAGUGUUAAAGUCUCUUGUAUGUUCAUAUUUUAAGAAGACAAAGUGAUGGGGGGGUUUAUAUAAUUUUAUUGACAUUAUAAUGUUUGACUUUAUAUGUUCUGUAAUCGUGUAGAUCGUAAUCGUGUUAAUUGUGAUUAAUGCUGCAGGUGUUGGAAGGAAAUUACCAACAAGUUAUUCCUUAUCUGUGUCUUUUUAGGUGAUGAUGCUAUUUCGUAUGGGUUGUGGGCGCGAUUUGAAUAAUCAAAUUUUACCAAUUUGAGCAACAAUUCAUCUUUUAUUUUCGCUCUCUUAUUAGUAAUUUAUAACGUGGUAGAGGGAAUAGAGUUAGCUUCCUUGCAUUGUAACUGGCUAUUCACUGUAAUAAAAAAUUAGGCUGAAGAAAUUAAUACAGGUGCUACUAUGCAGGACAUUUCUAAAUUGUUACAUGGGUGAUUUUGAUCUGUAUGUUGGAAAAUUCAUAUUGAUUGUAGAUUUAUUCUAAGUUCCAAUUUAGCGCUACUUUUAAUCUACUAAUUUUAUGUUUCUAAUGAAUUAUUUUUUUUUUAUGGUAUUUACUGUCUCCAGCCAUGUCUUGUAGGCACUUUUAUUUUUAGACAAACUCUGCUUAGCUUGAACCUGAUCUACAGCAAGUCGAGUUGUGUCGAACUUUACAAUUGUGUUGUUUAAGAUUAAGUUAUUAAGUUGACAGUUUUUUUUGCGAAGCAGAAACUUUUGACUCACUUGAUCUCAGUUCAGGUAAUAACGUUUUCUUAGCAAAUCUAGGGCUGCUCUGACAAUGCAUUUAAUGAUUUAUUGUUAGUAUUUAGCUCAUGAAAUUGUGUUGAAUGAAGCUGAUGACAAUACCGGCAGAGUAUCUGCAAUUGCCCCACUCGUCUGUUGCAGAGCCAUGUUGACGUUCGGCCUCUUAUUUAGCUAUGAGUCUGUUAUGUGUGCCUGCUGCGCAACUGUCAGCUGUGCAGGGCCUUUUGGUUGACGUUGUGUCUGAUUAGUGUUUGUCAACUAAAUACAAUAUUAUUUUUCUCCUAAAUAUCUCCAUUUCGUAGGAGGCAAAGUUUAAAAUAAUUUUUAUUUCAUUUGUGAAGAGAAUUUAAAUUAAAUGUUUGUUUUUAGUAACGUCUACCUCUGACACGACGUUAUCUCAUCUUUCUACGAAAAUGAUGAACUGUGCUUUCUGAGGCUGGUAAUGAUUCAAAAUAUUACUAUCAACUUAAAACUUUCGAUUUAAAUUUUAGCCUGGUUUACUCUAUAGAAGAGAACGCAUUCAUUAUUUGGGAUAUUUAUUACCUGUUUUUGAAGUCCUACUGAAUCCUUUAUAAGAACAAUUAAAAAAACGUAUAGUUAUUACAGCAAACGUGCAAUAUCGUAUCUAUGUCUGACACUAAAUGAAGUGCUGAAGUUUUUUUUGAAGAAUUUCUAGAUCUCCUUAGGUGCCUGUGAAUUUAUGUCAUUUAAUGUCAUUCUAUGUCAUCUGAUUGCUGUAUUUGAGUUUGUUACAGAAAUAACAUCUUUCGAGCAUUCCUCUCUAGAACUUCUUUCUAAAAACCAUAUUUGAUUUGAGUAAACUCUGUUUUAGGUAUCGUAAUUAAAGCCAUUAAGCAUU